UGUCAGGAAACGAGCGAAAAAAUAUACUCUAGUCAUAAGUUACUUUAUGGGAAAUGUUUCUUUAUGCAAAAAGAUACGCUAUAGUUAUAUCAUUACUGGCGUUAAGGGCAGCGUCAGUCGGGGAAAGGGCUUUUAAUGCUUGCAAGAAAUAUGCUCAAUCUAUGUUAGAAUGUCACAAUAUUUUAAAUCCAAGUUUUAGAGUUCGAGUGCCCGUUGACUUGCUGUUGUAUCCUCACAUGGCUUUGAUUGGGUUUCGAAGGCAUGUUCAAGAUCUGCCGAUCUGGAAAUGCGGUGGAUCACUUAUAAGUGAAAAGUGGAUUUUAACUGCUGCACAUUGUGUUGAAGACCCUUCAGAUGGAAUAGCAAGUAUUAUUAGAAUUGGUACUGCCACUUUCGAAUUCGAUGAAGUCGAAGAAUUAGCUCAAGAAAGAGAAAUCGAUGAGAUAAUUUCUCAUCCAGGAUAUAAACCACCAUCUAAAUAUCAUGAUAUUGCUUUGAUGAAAGGUAAACCAGACUUUGUUCUGAGUAGAAAUAUACGAUUGGCAUGCUUAAAUCUUAAUUACACAGACAAUAUGAAACUGACUGUUAUCGGCUUUGGUAAAACGGUAUCCAACGCUCAAACUGGAAGUGAAACAUUGAUGAAGGUAGAUGUAGACAUCGUUAAUAGUAAAAUUUGUAACAGAUCUAUGCGAUAUAUGAUAAAGAGAAAAGUUUUGGCUCAGGGCAUAACUGAAAAUCAACUUUGCGCGGGCGAUUAUGAACACGGGGGUAAAGAUACUUGUCAAGGGGAUUCAGGUGGACCUUUGCAAGUGAUGGAUGAGAGAGUUGAUUGCAUUAAUACUUUUCCUCUACACAGGAUAGUUGGAGUCACAUCGUUUGGAAGAGAUUGUGGACGAAGAAUGGCACCAGGUGUUUAUACGAGAGUUUCAAAAUAUAUUGAAUGGAUUGAAAAUAUUGUAUGGCCUGAUUAUUCAGUAUCGCUAAAAGUAACAAAGGAUACUAUGAUAAAUGAGACUGAAUGUAGUUAAAAUUUUACAUGCAACUAUAAAUCUUGAAAACGAUUUUCGCACUAGUAAGUACUUAAUAGCCAAUGCUUACAAAGAUCAAAAUCUGAACAUCGCCAUUGAGAUACUCCAUUGAACCUUUGGGACAUUACCACUGAACAGUUUAAUGGUAGACGCAUUUUUUAAUGGAACUAAUCCAGAACGUAUACCUUAAAUAUGAAAUUAUUUGAUACGCAGCUUCAUUUAUGAAAUACUAGUAUAGCUAUAAAACAAAUAUAUUUUGUGAAUUCUA